UUCUCAUAUUUCCUGUUCAAGCAAAAUGUAUCUCUUAUGAUAUCAACUUAGAAUAUGAUCUUUGUAGAGCUUUUUCAUAUUUGUCACUUACUGAACAUCCUAAUAAAGAAAGCUAUAUUGCUGUGUAUACUUCAUGUAUAUCUAUUGCUAAAUAUCAUAAUGCAUCAAUACUUACUCCUAUUUCAGAUACUUUAGCAAAU